CGGCGGCGGCGGCACGGACGGCCGGGCCGAGGCAGAGAGCGAGGGGGACUGUCCAGUCCCGGCGCGGGAAGGCGCGCUUAGGCCGAGCCCCGAGGCUCCUCUGUCCGGCCCCGCCGCCGCUCCGGCUCGCGUCCGGCCUCAGCAGCGGCUGCGCGGCGCCCCCCGGCGCCCCCCGCCGCCCUCCGCCGCGCUCCACGCCCGGCCCGGCCGCGGCCCUCCCGGUGCCGGCCGCCAUGGCGCAGGCGUCCGGCGCGGGGGAAAUCUAGCCCGGGGAUUCCAUGCGGCCUAGCUCGCUCCCGCCCGCCUCCCCCGCGGCCCCGCUCGGGGCGUCCGUGUGUCUCCUGUGAUCGCGCUGACACGGCCGGGGGGUUAGAAUGGAACAGACUGAAGGCUCGAUGAGAGAAAGGGAAAGUUAAGGAUGCUGGAGCAGAACAAUGGAUUUCUCUUUCUCUUUCAUGCAAGGGAUCAUGGGAAACACAAUUCAGCAACCACCUCAACUCAUUGACUCCGCCAACAUCCGCCAGGAGGAUGCCUUUGACAACAGCAGUGACAUUGUCGAAGAUGGUGGCCAGACGCCAUACGAAGCUACCUUGCAGCAAGGCUUUCCGUACCCACCUACAACAGAAGACCUGCCUCCACUCACGAACGGCUAUCCUCCAUCCAUCAGCGUGUACGAACCUCAAACCAAAUACCAGUCAUAUAAUCAGUAUCCCAACGGGUCAGCCAAUGGCUUUGGCGCGGUUAGAAACUUUAGCCCCGCUGACUAUUACCACACAGAUAUUCCGAACACGAGACCACAGGAAGUUUCGGGAAGAUCUCCUCCGCAGCCGCCCCCUCCUCCCUCGGCACCGCAGACUGUGAUUCCAAAGAAAACGGGCUCCCCUGAAAUCAAACUGAAAAUAACCAAAACUAUCCAGAAUGGCAGGGAAUUGUUUGAGUCUUCCCUCUGCGGAGACCUCUUGAAUGAAGUUCAGGCGAGCGAGCACACGAAGUCCAAGCAUGAGAGCAGGAAAGAGAAGAGGAAAAAGAGCACGCGGCACGACGCCUCCCGGUCCGAGGAGCGCCGGUCACACAAGGUCCCCAAGCCAGAGCCGGAGCAGCAGAGUAGACCAAAUGAAAGGGUUGACGCUGUAUCAGAAAAGCCAAGAGAAGAUCCAGUCCUAAGAGUGGAAACCCCAGUUCAGCCAGUAUUAUCUUCUGUUCCGACAACAGAAUUGUCUGCUGGCGUUCAGUUCCAGGUUGGUGACCUUGUCUGGUCGAAGGUGGGAACCUAUCCUUGGUGGCCUUGUAUGGUUUCAAGUGAUCCCCAGCUUGAGGUUCAUACCAAAAUUAACACAAGAGGUGCCCGGGAAUAUCAUGUUCAGUUUUUCAGCAACCAGCCAGAGAGGGCGUGGGUGCAUGAAAAGCGGGUCCGAGAGUAUAAAGGUCAUAAACAGUAUGAAGAAUUAUUGGCUGAAGCAACCAAACAAGCCAGCAACCACUCUGAGAAACAAAAGAUUCGGAAACCCCGACCUCAGAGAGAACGUGCUCAGUGGGACAUUGGCAUUGCUCAUGCAGAAAAAGCUUUGAAAAUGACCCGAGAGGAAAGAAUAGAACAGUAUACUUUCAUCUAUAUUGAUAAACAACCUGAGGAGGCUUUAUCCCAAACGAAAAAGAAUGUUGCCUCUAAAACUGAAGUUAAAAAAUCUCGACGACCAAGAUCAGUGCUGAACGCUCAGCCGGAACAGACCAAUGCGGGUGAAGUACCCUCCUCACUCUCCGGCACUGAGAACCGGAGGCAGAGCCAGAGGCGGCACACCAGCGUGGACGAGGACGAGGCGCCUCCGGUUAAAAUCGCCUGGAAGACAGCGGCGGCGCGGAAAUCCUUGCCCGCGUCCAUUACCAUGCACAGAGGGGGCCUGGAUCUGCAGAAGUGUAACAUGUCUCCUGUUGUGAAGAUUGAGCAAGUGUUUGCUCUUCAGAAUGCUACAGGAGAUGGGAAAUUUAUCGAUCAGUUUGUUUAUUCAACAAAGGGAAUUGGUAACAAAACGGAAAUAAGUGUCAGGGGACAAGACAGACUUAUAAUUUCUACACCAAAUCAGAGAAAUGAAAAGGCAACUCAGAAUAUGUCAUCUCCUGAAGCAGCAUCUGGUCCUACAGGCUCAGUAGAAAAGAAGCAGCAGAGAAGGUCGAUCAGAACUCGUUCUGAGUCAGAGAAAUCCACUGAGGUUGUGCCAAAGAAGAAGAUCAAAAAGGAGCAGGUCGAGACAGUUCCUCAGGCUACAGUGAAGACUGGAUUACAGAAAGGUGCCAGCGAGAUUUCAGAUUCCUGUAAACCUCUAAAGAAAAGGAGUCGUGCUUCAACUGAUGUAGAAAUGACUAGUUCAGCAUACAGAGACACAUCUGACUCCGAUUCUAGAGGACUGAGUGAUCUGCAGGUAGGCUUUGGGAAGCAAGUAGAUAGCCCUUCAGCUACUGCAGAUGCCGACAUUUCUGAUGUACAGUCAGUGGACUCAAGUCUUUCCAGAAGAGGCAUGGGAAUGAGUAAGAAGGACUCAGUGUGCCAGAUCUGUGAAAGCUCUGGCGACUCUUUGAUUCCUUGUGAGGGAGAGUGCUGCAAGCAUUUUCACAUGGAGUGCCUGGGGCUAACAUCGCUGCCUGACGGGAAGUUCAUAUGCGUGGAAUGUAAAACCGGACAACACCCAUGUUUUUCAUGUAAAGUUUCUGAUACAGAUGUGAAGCGUUGCUCUGUUGGUGCUUGUGGGAAGUUCUAUCAUGAAGACUGUGUCCGCAAAUUCCCCACUGCCAUCUUUGAAUCAAAAGGAUUCCGCUGUCCCCAGCACUGCUGUUCUGCCUGCUCUAUGGAGAAAGAUAUCCACAAAGCAAGUAAAGGCCGAAUGAUGAGAUGUCUGAGAUGUCCUGUAGCCUAUCACUCCGGAGACUCUUGCAUUGCUGCCGGAAGCAUGUCUCUGUCCCCCUACGUCCUCAUCUGCAGUGACCACUCCAAACGGAGCAGCAGUUCUUCCUCUGCUGUAAAUGUAGGGUUUUGUUUCGUUUGUGCAAGAGGGCUGAUAGUUCAGGACCAUUCAGACCCCAUGUUCAGUUCAUAUGCCUAUAAGUCCCACUACCUACUGAAUGAAUCAAAUCGUGCAGAGUUGAUGAAAUUACCUAUGAUUCCUUCUUCGUCAGCUUCCAAAAAGAAAUGUGAGAAAGGGGGAAGACUGCUGUGCUGCGAGUCGUGCCCGGCCUCCUUCCACCCCGAGUGCUUGAGCAUCGCCAUGCCGGAAGGCUGCUGGAACUGCGACGACUGCAAGGCUGGCAAGAAGCUGCACUACAAGCAGAUCGUUUGGGUCAAGCUGGGGAAUUACAGGUGGUGGCCAGCCGAGAUCUGCAACCCCAGGUCUGUGCCGCUGAACAUCCAAGCCCUCAGGCAUGGCCUGGGCGACUUCCCCGUGUUCUUCUUUGGCUCCCAUGACUACUAUUGGGUGCACCGGGGCAGGGUUUUUCCUUACGUUGAAGGAGACAAAAGCUUUGCUGAGGGACAGACUAGUAUUAACAAGACUUUCAAAAAAGCACUGGAAGAAGCUGCAAAACGUUUCCUGGAAUUGAAAGCACAAAGAGAAAGUAAAGAAGCACUGGAGAUGGAAAAAAGCUCAAGGAAGCCUCCUCCCUAUAAACACAUCAAAGCCAACAAGGUUAUGGGAAAGGUCCAGAUUCAUGUUGCAGACCUGUCAGAGAUCCCCCGCUGCAAUUGCAAGCCGGCUGACGAGAACCCCUGUGGCCUGGAAUCCGAGUGUCUGAACAGAAUGCUGCAGUACGAGUGUCACCCACAGGUGUGCCCCGCUGGGGAGCGCUGCCAGAACCAGUGCUUCACCAAGAGGCUCUAUCCCGACGCAGAGAUCAUCAAAACAGAGCGGAGAGGCUGGGGUCUCAGGGCCAAGAGGAGCAUUAAAAAGGGCGAAUUUGUAAAUGAAUACGUCGGCGAGUUGAUCGAUGAGGAAGAGUGCAGACUGCGGAUCAAGCGAGCCAAUGAGAACAGCGUGACCAAUUUUUACAUGUUGACUGUUACCAAGGACCGGAUCAUCGACGCUGGCCCCAAAGGAAAUUAUUCUCGCUUUAUGAACCACAGUUGUAACCCCAACUGCGAGACCCAGAAGUGGACGGUGAACGGAGAUGUCCGGGUCGGGCUCUUUGCUCUUUGCGAUAUUCCUGCAGGGAUGGAGUUGACCUUUAAUUACAAUCUGGAUUGUCUGGGCAAUGGCAGGACCAAGUGCCACUGUGGAGCAGAGAACUGCAGCGGUUUCCUGGGCGUGCGGCCAAAGUCGGCAUGUGUCUCAGCAGCUGAAGAGAAGACAAAAAACUCCAAGUUAAAGCAGAAGAGACGAAAAAUCCGAGCAGAACCAAAGCAGAUGCAUGAAGAUUACUGUUUUCAGUGUGGAGACGGUGGAGAGCUCGUCAUGUGUGACAAGAAGGACUGUCCCAAAGCAUACCACCUCCUAUGCCUUAACCUCUCGCAGCCGCCAUUCGGAAAGUGGGAAUGCCCGUGGCAUGCGUGCAGUGAGUGCGGCAGCGCCGCUGUCUCCUUCUGCGAGUUCUGCCCACACUCAUUCUGUAAAGCGCAUGAGAGAGGGGCGCUGGUGCCCUCAGCACUGGGGGGCCUGCUCUGCUGCUCGGAGCACGACCCCGCCGCCCCUGUGCCGCCAGAGUACUGCAACAAGAUCAGAUGCAAGUUGGAAUCCCAAGACCACGGAGAAGAAGCGAAGGAAUGAACGGGUCGUGAUUCUCUCUGUCUUCUUUUUAUGUGAUGGGGAAAAGCGGAACAGACCAGAUCGUGUGUUUGUAACGAGAACCGGCUGCAGUGCAAUCCAGCCUUUGCCAUCAGUGCUGCCUUACUCUGACGCAAAAAUGGACACAUGGGCCCGUGUACAGGCAGAAGCCCUGGCGCUGUCUGGUUUCUCUGUGUUGAUGUGGUCAGUCUUCGGUGGAGGGUUCAAUUCCCUUGGUCUUUUCUUGCCUUGUAUUGUGCUUCAAGGCCUUUGUGGCUAGAGAAAGAAAUCUUUGCUCUUAAAAUAACAAAAGGGAAAGAAAGUUCUGCUAAUGAGAUAAAGUUUAGGAUGUUACCGUGGUGUAAGAAGCAGAGGUUCCUAUCAUUCAUUUAUUGAUUUUCUUUUUUUUUAAAUUUUGAGGAGUAUACUU